AUCCAAACCCCACGAUACGAAUACUGCAAGCUACCUGGCCUCACCUAUGGGAAGCCGAGGACAAGGUCUGACGCGAAUGAGGGGGGCUCAGUUGUCGUCGAGCGAUGGCGAUACAUCAUUUUCGCCAUUCUGUCAUCAGCUCACCCCAUCAGUCCCGGGUACCUCUUUCAUGCCGCCAUGGACCUUGAGCCCUUGCUCAUGUGCCGAAGCCCUCUUUUGGCAUCUUAUUCUGUUGCAGUCCGUCUGUACUCGAUAUACACUGCGGUACCAAACUUGCAUCAUAACAACACCUUGUUAGCUAACAAGUUCGGGAUGGCAUCAACGUACAACCAACCAUUUCGCAUUAUUGGCCGCUCGAAACCUCUACGGCCUCGGUGCGGGCUGCCUCAGACACGCAAUGUACCGGUCCACGUCAGAUCGAGCCAAGAGGUACAUCACACGCCGGGCCGUCCAAAGUCCUUGGACGAAAGAAACAAGCACUUGAUGCGCGUGGAGAACGGAACUUCCUGCGGGAACAGAAAAAGCGGGAAGAAGGAUACAGAGCCGCCACUACUGUUGAAAGGGACAUCAGAAAGGGACACCCGUGAAACCGAGACUUUCUCUCUUGUCCAGUGAAGCGAUCACGAUCUAAUGGUUUCUGGGCUCCAUACGCAUGAACACUGCGACUUAACAAUUCCAAAGGGCCGCUGCCGUCUCGAGGGCAGCCAGUCGGCUCGCUCUGCUGUGUGCAACGUGCCUUGCUGCGUACCCCGUAUUAUGGAGAGCUUCGACUGCAUGACCAGCGAAACAAGACACGGCGUCACGGCGAGGGUCCAGGACUCCAGGUACCUUGCAGCGGCAACAAACUCACGGAUAGGUACGCCGAUU